AGAAGAACGACAUCGACCUGGCUCGUCUGUCAGCGUGGAAGAAGGAAGAAGAACAAACGCAGCUGCAUGUGAAGAAAUAUGCAUGCGAUACAGUGUUGACUUGACUCUCUGGCGGCCACGCGUGGCGUGGGCGUCCGCCUGCCACGCUCUCCUCUUUCCCUCCCUGUGCCAAAACCCCUCCCCUCCUCCCCGGUCGUCCCCCAGUCGUCCGCCGCCUCCGCCGCCAGCAGCCGCUCUCAAGCGGCGUCCAGGCGGCAAUGAAGGCUCACGCGUGUCCCCGCAGGCUGGCUGUCAGUCUCCGCCUCCGCUCCCGGUCGGGGGUAGCGGCCGCAGCACUGGCCGUGCUGCUCAUCCAGACUCUGCUGGUGUGGAACUUCACCAGCCUGGAUGGCUCGUCCGGCGGAGAGCGAAGCGGCCGCGAGAAGCGAGCCGUCGGCCGGGACAAAGCCGACUGGCAGCCGCCCAGGAGCGGGCUGCUGCGCAGGACCGAGUCGCCACCGCAGCCGUCGCAGCCGCCGGAGCUGGGAAACGCUGUCGGAAGACACAAGCUCCGAGCCGACAUUUACCGCUCGCACCGGCCCAAAGAGAAGCGAUAUCUGUCCCCCGACAGCAACAACAACGAGAACUCGGUCCCCAAAGACUUGGAGCACGUGGACGGCGCCCACCUGGGAAAACCACGCCAGCGACCCGACGGCAAAACGCAAAACGUGCCGGCAAAAGCGGCUGAGCGAGCUGUCGCGCUCCCUCGGGCGGCAAUUGGUGGCUGGUCGUCGACAGUGCCGCCGAGCAUUGCCCCCUCGCCGGCAUCAAUGACCAAGUGCGAGAUGGGCAGCAAAGAAGUCAUCUCGGCGCUAUCGCGGGCCAAAAGUCGUGAGUGUCGUCAGCGGAUUGCCGAUGUCUACUGCCGCCACAAGGACAACGUCCUCAUGCCGACUAAACUACCCACCUACUGCCCCCUGCAGGGAAAAGUGAGCGUGAACAUCCAAUGGGACGAGGAGGACGCGUCGGAGCGGGCAACGUCGUCGCCGGUGCGUCUGGCCUUCGUGCUGGUGGUGCACGGGCGUGCCUCACGCCAAUUCCACCGCCUCUUUAAGGCCAUCUACCACACGGCGCACUUCUAUUACAUCCACGUGGACCAGAGGUCGGACUUCCUUCACCGCGAGGUGACUCUGCUGGCCGGCCAGUACGCCAACGUGCGCGUGACGCCGUGGAGGAUGGCCACCAUCUGGGGCGGCGCCAGCUUGCUGGCCAUGUACCUGCGCGCCAUGGAGGACCUGCUGGACAUGCACGAUUGGUCCUGGGACUUCUUCGUCAACCUCAGCGCCGCUGACUACCCAGUCAGGACCAACAAUCAGCUGGUGUCCUUCUUGUCCAAAUAUCGCCACCUCAACUUUAUCAAGUCUCACGGACGAGACAACACCCGUUUUAUCCGCAAGCAGGGCCUGGACCGCCUCUUCCUGGAGUGCGAUACGCACAUGUGGCGUCUCGGGGACCGCAAAAUCCCGGAAGGCAUCGCCGUGGACGGCGGCUCCGACUGGUUCCUGCUCAACCGAGCCUUCGUGGAGUACGUGGUCCGAUCCACCGAUGAGCUGGUCGCCGGCUUGAAGCGGUUCUACGCCUUCACGCUUCUUCCUGCCGAGUCGUUCUUCCACACGGUGCUGGACAACAGUGCCCUCUGUGGCAGCAUGGUGGACAACAACCUGAGGCUGACCAACUGGAACCGCAAGCUGGGCUGCAAAUGUCAGUACAAGCACAUCGUGGAUUGGUGCGGCUGCUCGCCCAACGACUUCAAGCCCGCCGACAUGCCGCGCUUCUUGCAAACGUCGCGCCCCACCUUCUUUGCCAGGAAGUUCGAAGCCAGUGUCAGCCAGGAAAUAAUCAACCAAUUGGACGCGCACUUGUUUGGGGCUCCGGCACCGGGCCUGCCGGGCCUGAGCGCGUACUGGGAGAACGUCUACGAGCGGGAGACGGACGGCGCAGACGGCUUGACGGACGCCGCGCUCAGCCACUACCACGCCUUUGCCCGCUUGGGCCUGGAGCGUGCGGCCGCCGCCGCCUCGCUGCGGGGUCGCGCUGCCCACGACACCUGCAGGUACGAGGCAACAGGCCACCCCACGUCCGUGCACAUGUACUUUGUGUCGGACCAGUUCCAGGGCUACCUGGUGCGCCACACGGCGCUCAACCGAGCCUCUGCUCAGACGGAGACUCUGGAGACCUGGGUGACUCCCCGGGAACUUUUUAGCUUCGGCGGACCCCCCAACCCUGCCAACAGGCUGCAGCACUUACAGGUGGGGGCGGACUGGGACGCCAAGGAGCGCAUGUUCCGCCGGCGCGGCGGGCCGCUGGGGCCCGAAGACGAGGUGUCGGCGGCGCAGCGCUGGAGUCGUGCUGCGAAUAAUCUAACGGCGACGGUGGUGUGGAUCGACCCCACCAACGUGAUCGCCGCCACCUACGAUAUCCACGUGGACGCCAACGCAGACGUCACUCACUACCGCCCUCCGUUGGCGGCGCCCCUUCGCCCCGGCGUCUGGACCCUCAGGAUCCUCAACCGCUGGAGUCCGCUGGGACAGACACGCUUUCUCAUUGCUCCGUUGCAGUUUCGCCGGCGGCGGCCCAUCACGCAAGAGGAGGCACGCGUGGCCCACGGCGGCCCGUCAGGUCGGACAUACAUGGAGCAGAGCUUCCACGGGCUGAACCCGGUGCUGCGCCUGCCGCUCAGCUUGAACGCGGUGGAGGAAGCGGAGGCCAACGCCGGCCUGACGGGAGAGCCGCUGCGCCGCUGGAUGGACCACCUGCUGGUUGGUUUCUGGACGGCAGCCGGCGUGUGCUCUGCCGGCCCCGCCCCCUCCGCAUGCCACGUCCUGCCGCUCUGCCGCCGUACCGCCUGGAGCUCGGACAGCCCUGACCCCAAAUCCCAAGUGGGGCCGGCCGGGCUCGACGGCCGCAUCAGGUAACCUCGGAACCUGGCACGGCGCCACUUUUGUUUUAAAGGUCCGCGCGCCUUCAUCAUGCCACCUAAGCGCCGACAAGUUCAAUAGUACAAGAACAUUUUGCAUUUCAAUGAUGUAGGAGGCAUUUUCCUCCCACUCAAAUUGAUCAUCUUUAUUUAUUUGGGAAAUCAUUUUUAUUAUAUAUGAUACCAAAAUGUUAAUUAAAAUGCAUUUAUUCAUUUUAUAUUCUUUUUAUCUCAUUAAAUAGGUGGUUUAUUCUCAUAGUAUGUUUUUAUAUAAUAGUUCAUUCCUAAAUGUUUAUUAUUUCUAAAUAAUACAAUACAAAUAAGAACCUGUUUAAUACAAAUAAGACCCUAACCCUUAACCCUAUCAUUAGUUUUACAUUUUCUUUUUUAAACUUAUACAAUCUAAAAAUCAAAGGACAAAAGUUUUCUAUGCCACAAUUUUUCCAUUAGCAAAAUUGAAUAUGAAUUGUUUUAAUUCAUUCAUAAUAUAAUAAAAAUAAAAUAAUGAUAAAAUAAAUAAAAUAAAUAAAUAAUUUCGCUGUAACAAUGUGGCAUUCAUUAAACGAUUGAUUUGUUAUAAUACAUCAAAUGUAGGGAUUCAGAUCAUGAUUGCAAAUUCAAUGAGUAGUUUUUUCUUAAGUUUAAAAAAUGAAAGCACAAGAUUUUCUUGUCCCGUUUGGCUGUUUUCCUCAUGUCAUAAAAGAGCAAAACUGCCCUUUGACCGUUGUUCACUUCCUGCUUGUUUCACAGAAAGUGAUGUCACGACGUCAUUGUACACGAAAAAAAUGGAUGUGGUGUGCAUGCGAGUGUGUGUAAAGUCCGCGCACUUUCCAGUGUUGGGCCCCCAAGGGGCAGCCGGUGCCCAGGUAGACACAAAUGACAAAACAGCAAAUAUUUAUUUAUUUUGUUUUCUUUUCUGUUGGAAUGUGUUGACAACAUAUUUAUUGUCUGUUACCAUGGCGAUAGAGGAGCACUGGAUACAACGUGCCUCAGAGUCCUUCGUGAGACUCACGAUUAAAAACGACAAGCCAAAAGUUGAAUGUGGUGAAUGAAAGCUGAACACUGUGAGAUUUCAAAGCUGCCUCACAUUUUGGACUUUAUUUAAGAUGAGAAAUUAAUAUAAAUGAAUGUCUAUUUAAGUUUGUUGCUCAUUUGUUAUGAACUGAAAAGACUUUUUGUCGCUGCUCUUUGUCGUGCCUUUUGUGUUCCACAUGGACACCUUCAAAAACUUUUGGAAACAAAAUAAACAACUUAGACAAA